CAAAGAUGGUGGCAUGCAUGCCAUGUGCUUUCGAGUUGGCUUCCACCAGCUGAUGAUCUAACAUUGAGAUGAAUGCUAAUACUAAUGGAUAGCUGUGUCCAGACGCAGCAGCGGCUUGGCUUGGAUUCAGUACCUCCCCUAUGUGCUGCCUUACUCCAUCAUCACAUCCCUGAACGUGAGCGGUGUAGCUGAGGAGCACUUCUUUAAAACCCGACACUUCGUUGGAGUUGCUUCCCUGCGCGUCUGAGAGUCGGAGGGAGGGGAGACGCAUUCCCCAAAAUCUCUUUUAACGAUGGAGACCCGUCUGGUUGUAUUCCCUGGCGCUCACUUUACUCUUUCUACCUGGCUAAUUCUUUCCUUCUUGUAUGUUUUUCCAAAUGUAAAGGCAGAUAUAAGUUGCGCGCCAUGUAUGUCGCCAAUGCAAGUGAAUUACGCAGGGGAUGAGCAUCUGCGUGACCCGCCUGAUUCUGGGAAAUAUCCGAGACAGGAUCAAAAGAAACCCAAGCUGAUCACAGGUCUUUACCAGAAUAUUGGAGUAUCUGCUGGACGAGAGGUGGAUGGUUUUCCAGGGAUCGCGCCGAAACUGGAAAGAAAAGAGGGGAUAAACUCCCGUGCGCCUUUGGGGAACUUCACCGAGUCCGCUUUAGACGAAGAAUUGUUUUCGGAUGAAUAUGUGAAAAGUGAAUCCGACUUGGAACCUGAGGACGCCGCAUUAGGGAGACUCAAAAGAAGCGUGCCCGAGUUUCUGGAGAACGUGCGGAGCGCUGAUGCUCGCUCGGAUGAGCAGAGAAAGACCUCCGGUCUGCGGGUGGACGGACAGAGUAAACGCGCCGAAGUUCGCUGGAACAGGGAUGAUGAGCAUGAUGCCAGAGUAUCGGAUUCCAGACCAGACGAACCCAAACUGACCAGCAGCACUUUUGCUCUGGCUGGAGACUCCGCGCACAACCACGCAGUCGUGUAUUGGACUGGGAAAAACAGCAGUGUGAUUCUGAUUCUCACCAAGCUGUAUGACUUUCACCUUGGCAGUGUAACGGAAAGCACUUUAUGGAGAUCAACCGAUUAUGGCAGCACUUAUGAGAGGCUGAAUGAUAAAGUGGGAGUCAAGACCGUUUUGAGUUACCUCUAUGUCUGCCCCACCAACAAAAGAAAGAUAAUGGUGCUGACUGACCCUGAGUUUGAAAGCAGUAUUCUCAUCAGCUCAGAUGAAGGUGCCAGUUACCAGAAGUACCGCUUGAACUUCUUUGUCUUAAGUCUUCUUUUCCAUCACACGCAAGAGGACUGGGCAUUGGCCUACAGCCACGAUCAAAAGCUGUAUAGCUCAUUUGACUUUGGCCGAAAGUGGCAGCUGGUUCACGAGCGAGUGACUCCGAAUCGCUUCUACUGGUCGGUAACCGGUCUGGACAAGGAGUUAGAUCUAGUGCACAUGGAGGCCCACACUCCUGAUGGCCAUUGUCAGUAUGUGACAUGUAGAGCUCAAGCCUGCUCUGAAUCCAGUAGGACAUAUCCAUUUUCUGGCUAUAUUGAAACCAACUCACUUGUCGUUCAGGAUGAAUACGUGUUCGUUCAGGUGACGACUACUGGCAGAGCAAGCUACUAUGUGUCCUAUCAAAGAGAAGCUUUUGUGCGCAUUAAAAUCCCAAAGUACUCACUGCCCAAGGACAUGCAUAUUGUGAGCACAGAUCAAGGUCAGGUUUUCACCGCUGUCCAGGAGUGGAACCAGAAUGAUACCUACAACCUGUACAUAUCUGACACGCGUGGGGUGUACUUCACCUUGGCCCUGGAGAACGUCAGGACCAGCCGUGGCCUGGGAGGCAACAGCAUGAUCGACCUUUACGAGGUAGCAGGGAUUGAAGGUAUGCUCAUCGCUAAUAGAAAGGUGGAGAACCAGGUCAAGACGUACAUUACUUACAACAAGGGCCGAGACUGGAGGCUUUUGCAGGCGCCCGCUAAUGACCUGGCAGGAAAUCCCAUUCAUUGUGUGCUGCCGUUUUGCUCGCUGCACCUACAACUGCAGAUGUCAGAGAACCCGUACCUCUCAGGCUCCAUCUCCACCAAGAGCUCGGCGCCGGGAGUCAUCGUGGCUACAGGAAAUAUUGGCUCUGAGCUGUCUUACAAUAAUGUGGCGAUGUUCAUUUCGUCAGACGCAGGCAAUAACUGGAGACAGAUUUUUGAGGAAGAGCACAACGUGUGGUUUUUGGACAAAGGUGGAGCUUUGGUUGCCGUGAAGCAGCCCACUGUGCCCACUAGACAUCUUUGGAUCAGUUUUGAUGAAGGCCGUCAGUGGACGCGUCACAGUUUCUCCGCCAUGCCGCUGUUCGUGGAUGGUGUUCUGGUGGAGGCAGGUGCAGAAAAUCAGAUCAUGACGUUUUUCGGACACUUCAGUCAUCGAUCUGAAUGGCAGCUUAUUAAAAUUGAUUACAAGGCCAUAUUCACCAGAAGGUGCACAGAGGGAGACUACCAAACCUGGCACCUGCAUAACCAGGGUGAGCCAUGCAUAAUGGGUCAAAAGCAGAUUUACAUGAAGCGGCGUCCCGGAAACUACUGCAUGGUGGGAUGGGACAACUCCAGGAUCCUGUCUGCAGAGCCGUGCAUCUGCAGAGCACACGACUUUGAAUGUGAUUAUGGGUUUGAGAGAAGAGGGGAUGGAAAUUGUCUGCCAGCAUUUUGGUUUAACCCUUCCACGUUGUCUCGAAGCUGCAGCCAAGGACAAAACUACCUCAACAGCACAGGGUAUCGCAAAGUGGUGGCGAAUAACUGCACGAAAGGAGUGAAGGAGAUGUACACGGCCAGGAAACAGCAGUGUCCGAACCGCCCCCCGCAAGGUUUAUUCCUGACAACCCGUGACGACAAACUCACAGCCAACAUGGGCAGCAAUGUGACCUUCCUGGUGCGACUAGAGGAGGGCGACUCUCUGAGGACAAACAUUCAGCUGGACUUUGGAGACGGUACGGCCGUGUCCUACUCCAAUCUGAGCUGGACGCAAGAGGGCAUCAGGCACGUGUACCGCAGUGCGGGCAUCUUCAGAGUCACAGCGUUGGCGGAGAACAGCCUCGGGUUCGACACGUCAUCCCUCUACCUGCAUGUGACGUGCCCUGUGGAGCAUAUUCAGCUGCUGGCUCCAUAUGUGGUCAUUAAGAAUAAGGAGGUGAACCUGACGGCAGUGGUCUGGCCUUCUCAUUUCAGAACGCUCACCUAUUUCUGGUGGCUGGGGAACAACACGGAGCCCAUAAUUACGUUGGACAGCAGUAUUUCAACCACGUUCAGUAGUGAGGGCAUGAUCACCGUCACUGUUCAGGUCUCGUCAGGAGACUCUAUACUGCAGGACACCAGAAGCAUCGCCAUACAAGAAUUCUUCAAAUCGCUUCUUUUAUCUUUCUCUCCUAAUCUGGACGAGGCCAACCCCGACAUCCCGGAGUGGAGACAGGAUGUGGGUCGAGUAAUUAAGAAGGCUGUGCUCCAAGUCGCUGACAUUCCCGAAGAACAGCUGCUGGUGGCCGUGUUUCCUGGCGUCCCGACUGCCGCCGAACUCUUCCUGCUUCCUCCCAGGAACCAAUCGGACGGCAGGAAACGCACCGAGGAGGAUCUGGAGCAGAUCUCAGAAAUCCUGGUCAACGCUUUGAAUCAGAUCUCUGUGGAGUUCGAGUUAAAACCUGGCUCCCGGGUCAUCGUUUACAUCACGCAGUUAACUUUAGCUCCACUGGUUGACUCCAUCCCGAGACACAGCAGUUCUGCUAUGCUGAUGCUUCUAUCUGUGGUGUUUUUGGGUUUAGCUGUAUUUCUCAUCUACAAAUUUAAGAGAAAAAUUCCUUGGAUUAACAUCUACGCAGAGGUGAACCACGAGAAAGAGCAGGAGAUGAUCAGUACGGUGGGCCAGAAUGACGCCACACCAAAAAUCACCCUGAGCGAGUUCUCCACCCAGAAAGAACUGAUGGAGAAAGAGCUGGAGGCCCGUGCCAAACGCGGUGUGAUCAGCACCUGUGAAAGCACAAGGGAGAUCCCGAACUGCACGAGUGUCUGAAAACGUCAGGAAAGAAGGUGGAGGCGUAUUGUAAUAAUGUGUACAGAGGUAUCACAAUUUUAAAGGUUGACAGGUUUUCCUUUUUGCUUUUUUUGUAAUUUCAAAACACUGUCAUUGUUAAUAGUUUUCUAAGGAGCUCAGAUUUGCAUGGGUGUCUUGUUUGUUACGAUCUGUGUGAAAAACAAGAUUAGACUUAACUGCUGUACAAGUCGCCGAAAACAUGCUUGGGUGAGAAAUUAGGACAUUUUCCAACAUUUGAAAUUCUGAAAGUUUUGUUCCGAAUAUUACAGAGCAACAAGCAUAAUGGAAAAUUGGGAAGGAAGCCACUGCUCUCUCUUUUGAGUCAAUUUAGCUGAAAAAAGUGGCUUUUAGUAUCAAACAAUUGUGAUUUUUGUUGGGUCGGAACUUAUUUAUGCCAAGUUCGUUUAACUAUUCAAACAGAUUUUUCACACAUUGUGAAGAGUGCAUUUAGUGUCUGUAUGAACUUAAUUUUUAGGUUUUUAAUCUCCUCAGUAGGUCAUCUCAUUUUUAUAUCUGUUGUAAUUUGAACUGAGGGAACAAAAUUGCAGCUGAAGCAUGCAAAGAAGCCAACAGUGUUUAUAUCCCUCUCUAUAUUACAGCUUCGCCUUCAUGUAAGCAAUCCUGCUCUGCGAUCUUCUUAAUUGGUGGUUGUUGAAAUAUUUGAACUUUUAAUUACACGUUUAUCUCACCUAUCUAGAUGUGGACUAAAAUGUGAAUUUUUCAGCUAAGAAGUGAGAUACCUUUCCAAAAGCACUGUGAUAAAAUGUCCAUUUGAAGGCAACAUUUUGUACUUCUAUAAAGCAGGAAUAUAACUACUAAGAAUCACGUCUCUAUAGCAAAACUUUUUUUGGAGCUCAAACUUAGUUAAAAUCCAUGAAAUAUCAUUGAGAAUGUUUUGUGGAAUAAAUCUCUUGAGAUACAACCAUAGACACAAUAGAGCUUGAUAUCUUUCUGAAAAAUUUUCUUUAAUUCUAACAUACCUUAAUGUAAUUUCUUGUAAGCUCCUGUUCGUGUGCAUUCCAUGAGGUUAUUUUACAUUCAACUUUUGUUUUUCAUAGAUAAAUGGCUUUCCAAAUCAUUUUGCUUCAUAAGUGAAUGCCUUACAAAUAAGAAUGCCUUUUGAACAAUGUGUAUUCAUCAUAAUAGCUGGCCAUUUAGAAUCAAAAAUUAAUUUAUAACAGUUUAACAGCCAUUUUCUUUUUUGUGUGCAUACAUUUUUUAAAUGUCUCAUCUCCCAGGGAUUGAAAAACCAUUGAACUGUACAAUAUUCUCAGUAGGUCUCCAGUUUUACUUUCUUUGUAUAUACAGCAAGUGUAUUUCAUUUCAUAUCCUUAUACUGUAAAUAUAAUUGUGAAGACUGGAGUUCACAGGACACAGUCUGCUACACAUUUCAGAAAAAGGGUGUUACGAAUCCAAACGGUGAUUCAUUGAUGUGCUGUAGAUAAGCCAGUGCUGUAAAUAGUUUUUUUAUUCAUUCAUUGUACACGAAAAAAGAGUAAAGAUGUAUUGCAUAUGCUUCAAUGUUGCCAUUUUGGAUUUUGACCUCAGAUUUAAAGUUGAACCUAUAGAGAGCAGUGUUUCAGUAUAUGGUUAGACAUUUUGUAUUGGAGUUGAUUGCCUGUGUCACACGAAAUGAUUAUAACUCAUGAAUAAUAAGCAGGUGGUUUCUUAGAUUCCAUUGUGAAUGUAAAUGUAUAGCAAUAUAUCAGAAUAUAAGUGACUUUGGCCAAAAUAACUCCCCAAGCAAUUAAAGGGUUACUCCACCCCAAAAUGAA